AUGAACAAAUUGCUGGCACUGGUACUUCUUGCUGCGUAUACCGCAGCAGGACCUGCGAGCGUUUCCACGCAGCCGUCUCAGGAUCUGAAUUGUUUGGAGCACGACAAUGAGUUCUUCAGCUGCAUCUUCGUGAAGACCAUCAGUGCUCUCGACAGAGCGGCUCGAUCGAGGGACAUCAAGAUCAUCGACGGCGUCACUUUCGUACGAGACACCCCGAUGGACCGCAUUGGUAAAAAUUUAAAAACAAACGAAGAGGAGAUCAUGAAUGAAUUACCACACGAGAGCUCUGACAGAGCGAUAAAACUUGCCAACAUGCUGUAUGAUUCGGUCGUCUCUUUUAUAAAGAGUCACAGCUUGAAACUUAGCAUGCCCGAAGGUUCGGUCUCUCGCGCCCUGGUUGAAGGACGUGCCAAGAUCAAGAAAAUGGUUCUACCACUGAUUGCCGCAGCGGGUCUCAAAAUUUUUGCGUUGGUACCGAUCUUGCUCGGCGGCUUAGGUCUGCUGGCUGUGAAAGCUUUAAUCUUCGGUAAAAUCGCCUUAGUCGUUGCCGGUAUCAUGGCAUUCCAGAAGCUUUUCGGUGGUACCAAUGUGGCUAGCAGUUUCUUCAAUAAGAGUCCCGCGCCUGUUUGGUACGACAGUGGCGUCGCAGGAAGUUGGGCCACUGGUGGGUCUCCAGGAUUACAGCACCAAGGAUAUAGAAGCUUCGACAAGGCUGACGCGAAAGUCGACGCCCAUGAUUUGGCAUAUUCAGCGCACGCACCGGUUGCCAACGGUACCGAUUAA